AUGCCAUUUCUGCUGCUGAAUUUACCUACCGAACUACGGCUCGAAAUCUAUCAUCAUCUUUUUGGCAUCUCGCCUACUACUCGACUCGUCCUGGCUUGCUUGCCCGGAUUACCCCCGUGCCUCAAUGGAUGCGAUAAUUCAUCCCCUACCUUUGUGAUCUGGCAUUUUCCUCCGUCGACUCCAGAUGGCACAGACUACCAGGGCCAGAGUGGGUAUCAACCAGUGGAGUGGGCCCAACGACAGGGGAAGAUAUACAGCCGCGGUAUCUUUCUCGCCAUCUUGGUGAUCUGUAAACAGGUCUACAACGAAGCAAUGCCGCUAUUCUCCUCUCAGACGUUCUUCGCAAUGUCAGGACUCAUCAAUACAACUGUCAGCUGGCUGGCUGGGAUCGGUGCCCAGCGAAGACGGUGUAUCCGGCGGUUAAGUUUUCAUUACGAGAGUGUCCCGAGCGCGCAUAAAUCAAUCGGGAACGAUAUACAAUACAGUAUGCGAGUACUGUGCGAGAUGCUGAUGGAUUCGGACCGGCUCGAUGUCCUGUUGUGA